CCAGGCCUGCCCGCGCCCCGGCCGCAGGUGACAGGUGGGUGGCAAGGCCGGCGUCCAGGUGUGCGGCCCCCCGCCGGCCUCAUCCGCCUCUGAACCGGUGCGGGGUUCCGGGCCGGGCCGCCGUGGCGGUCCCGCUGCCAGCGUCGCCUCCCCCGAGAGGGUCCCACUUCUGCCACCCUGCUGGGCCCUCUAGGAGCAUGGAAGUCCUUUCUCCUCUCGAUGUGCGAAUCACCGGCCCUGGAUGGAAGGAGGGUGUCUGCCUUCUAGGUCAGCCCUGGCCUGAGGCCCCCCCAGCUCCGAAUUCUCCACGUCUGUCCACUUGUUCUGCGGAGAUGACUGAUCCUUUCUGUGUCGGAGGAGGCCGCCGGAUCCCAGGGUCCAGCAAGAGUGGAUCUGGGAAGGAUAGCAGCCGGAACGAGGUCCGGCUUCCUGUGCUACAUGACCCACCAAAGCCGGGGAUGCCGGUGGUCCGGGGUGGGCAGACGGUGCCUAGCCAGGCCCCCCUCUGCUUUGACCCUGGAAGUCCAACCAGCGACAGGACAGAAGGGAAGAAAAAGGGACGUCCAAAAGCUGAGAACCAGGCCCUCCGAGACAUUCCCCUCUCCCUGAUGAACCAGUGGAAAGAUGAAUUCAAGGCUCACUCGAGGGUGAAGUGUCCAAACUCGGGGUGCUGGCUGGAGUUCCCUAGCAUCUACGGGCUCAAGUACCAUUACCAGCGGUGCCAAGGGGGUGCCAUCUCAGAAAGGCUGACCUACCCCUGCCCCUUCUGUGAGGCUGCGUUCACCUCUAAGACGCAGCUAGAGAAACACCGGAUUUGGAACCACAUGGACCGACCCCUGCCUGCCCCCAAGCCUGGGCCGGUCAGCCGGCCGGUCACCAUCAGCAGGCCUGUUGGAGUCAGCAAGCCCAUUGGAGUGAGCAAACCUGUCACUAUCGGCAAACCCGUGGGUGUCAGCAAACCCAUUGGCAUCAGCAGGCCUGUGACAGUCACCAGGCCUGUGCCAGUCACCAAGCCUGUGCCAGUCACCAAGCCUGUCACCGUUACCAAGCCUGUCUCGGUUACCAAGCCUGUCACUAUCACCAGGCCUGUCACAGUCACCAGGCCUGUCCCGGUCAACAAGCCUGUCACCGUCACCAGGCCUGUGCCGGUCAACAAGCCAGUGCCAGUUACCAAGUCUCUGCCAGUCACCAGACCUGUUCCCGUCACCAAGCCAGUGACAGUCAACAAACCAGUGCCAGUUAGCAAGCCUGUGCCGGUUGCUAAGCCAGUGACCAUCAGCAGACCAAUGCCGAUGACAAAGCUCAUGCCUGUCACGAAGCCAGUGACGGUGAGCAGGCCCACCACCAUCAGCAGACACACGCCUCCCUGCACAGCGGUGCUGCUCACCCCGCCUGAGAACAAAGCUCGUGCCACCGGGAGGGGCAGCAGCAAGAAAAGGACUGCAGACGGCUUGGAUGCUGGCCCUGUCCCAUCUAAGCAGGCCAGGCCAGAGAGUGGGGGCUAUGGCUCGCCCAGGGCGAGCCACAACUUGGCCUUUCCGCUGAGCACAGACCCUGGCAGCAGCUCCCUCUCUCUGGGCAGCAGGCCCCUGGGGGGCAAGGAGGCGCCGAGGACCACAGGCUCCACAUCCCCACCUGAGGAGGGCGCAGAGCGCACAAAGCAUAGAAGGAAACAGAAAACACCCAAGAAGUUUACGGGGGAGCAGCCGUCCAUCUCAGGGACCUUUGGACUCAAAGGCCUGGCCAAAGCGGAGGACAAAUCCCGCAUCCACCGCUCCAAGAAGCAGGAGGGGCCAGGCCCCGAGGACAUGCGGAAGAAGGUGCCGGCCCCCACCAGCACUGUCACCAAGGAGGUGCCGGCCCCUGUGGCCCACCUGUCUCCAGGUGUCCCCGAGGAGCAGUGGCAGCGGGUCAUCCAUGAACGGGGGGAGGCUGUCUGCCCCACCUGCAGUGUGGUCACCCGGAAGACCCUUGUGGGGCUCAAGAAGCACAUGGAGGUUUGUCAGAAGCUGCAGGACGCGCUCAAAUGCCAGCACUGCCGGAAACAGUUCAAGUCCAAGGCUGGCCUCAACUACCAUACCAUGGCCGAGCACAGUGCCAAGCCCUCUGAUGAGGCCUCGGAGGGGAGUGAGCAGGAGGAGCGGGAGCGGCUGCGCAAGGUGCUGAAGCAGAUGGGGAGGCUGCGCUGUCCCCAGGAGGGGUGCGGGGCUGCCUUCUCCAGCCUCAUGGGCUACCAGUACCACCAGCGACGCUGUGGGAAGCCGCCCUGCGAGGUGGACAGCCCCUCCUUCCCCUGCACCCACUGCGGCAAGACCUACCGCUCCAAAGCCGGCCAUGACUACCACGUGCGAUCGGAGCAUGCAGCUCCGCCCCCUGAAGAGCCCGAGGACAAGCCCUCGGAGGCUGAGGAUCUGCCGGGCAUCGAGCGGACCCCUAGCGGCCGCAUCCGCCGCACAUCGGCCCAGGUGGCUGUGUUCCACCUGCAGGAGAUUGCAGAAGAUGAGCUGGCCCGGGACUGGACCAAGCGGCGGAUGAAGGAUGACUUGGUGCCCGAGACCGCACGGCUCAACUACACCCGGCCAGGUCUUCCCACACUCAACCCCCAGCUGCUGGAGGCCUGGAAGAAUGAAGUCAAGGAGAAAGGCCACGUCAACUGCCCCAAUGAUUGCUGUGAAGCCAUCUACUCCAGUGUGUCAGGCCUCAAGGCCCAUCUUGCCAGCUGCAGUAAGGGAGACCACCUGGUGGGGAAGUACCGCUGCCUGCUGUGUCCGAAAGAGUUUGGCUCCGAAAGCGGCGUCAAGUACCACAUCCUCAAGACCCAUGCAGAGAACUGGUUCCGUACCUCGGCAGACCCACCUCCCAAACACAGGAUCCAGGCUUCACUGGUGCCCAAGAAGGAGGAGAAGAAAAGUCUGUCAGGUGGGAAGAAGCGUGGCCGCAAGCCCAAGGAGAGGCCUCCUGAGGAGCCCACGCUCAAGAUGCCCCCACGCCGGGACGACUGGCCCCCAGGAGGCAGAGACAAGGGGGCCCGGGGCUCCGCCAGCCGGAAGGUGGGAGCCAGCAGGGCAGCUGAGAAGUGAGCGAGGUGGCUGGCAGGCGGGUGGGGCCCGGCCCGGCCCCCACUCUGGCCGCCAAUCCCCUGUCCGUCCAGGGUGGGCGAGCUAGCUUCAGGACCGCCUCCUCUCCAGUUCUCCAGCCCCCACCCUGCCUAGCCAUCUGCCCAGUGGGGACAGCCGGCCCUUCUCCCUGACUGAAGGUGGCCCUUCCCCAGGGCAGGCUGCCGCAGAGCACACCCGGGAGGGCCGGUGGCUACAGUAGUGCAGUAGCAUGAAGGGGGGGCACCCGUGGGCCUGGCAGAGUCCAGGGCCCUAGAUGAGCAGGAAGAGCAUCUUCAGCCUGGGCCUCUGGGCCUCGGGGGUGGGCAGAGCAGGCAGAUGGCCUUGGGGCCCUUGCCAUGCAGCUCUGUGCCCUGUCUGCUUCCUCAGGCCCAAGGCUCGGGGUUCCCUGGUAACCCAUGGUUCUGGGCUGAUGAGGGCACCUGACAGCCUUGCCUCUACCCGACACUGGAACUCAGCACCCCCAGCUACCUCCCAGGACAGGCCCUGAGUCUGACUGCCACCAUGCUGACCUGACAGCCCCUGGCCUCCCUGUCCUCUCGCCUCUGGUCUCUCUGCUUCUGUUCUCUACCUCUCCUGGCCCUCCCUCCCUGCCUCUGCGACCUCUGCUGUGCUUGGGCCCACCCCCCUGCCCCACCGGCCCGUGCUUGUCAUGGUAGAGGUGGCGGCCCUGCUGACAGGGCCCUCUGCUGUCCCCAGUGGUGCCCCCUGCUUGGGGUAGGAAGGUGCUCUGCUCUUCCCACCCGCAGGGCUGCAGAAGCAGGGGCUUGGGGCCCAGGGGCCACACAGGGCAUGCUCUGCCUCUAAGCUCUGGCUUUGCAAACUCCUUGCCUAGGUCAGGGCAGCCUGGUUGGUUAGCAGUGGGCUAGCUUGGGCUGUGGUGUGGACCUGGGGCCUGUUGGGUGGCCAGCUGAGGCCUUGCUCUGAGGAGAGACACUGCAGGAAACAGGCUCCUGUCUUCCGGUCUCGGUUGGCCUGUGGUCAAGCCCCCGCAGGAAGCCCCUUCCCCUCUUUUUUACCUGCUUCUCCAUUUCUGGUUGUGUGGUCUUUUGAUACAAGCACUGAAGGCCAGGGAGGGGGCUUGGCCAAGGUCACAGUGGUCUGGUAUUGUCUCCUCGGCUCUGUCUUGGCUCCUUUUGGGGCCCAGAGGACAGCUAGGUCAGAAGGUUGGGCAAGGGUCAGGCUGGAGUCCAGAGCCCCCAGAGGAGGUGGCCAUAUGGCCUCUGGCCUCUUCCCUGGGCCCUGCCUUCCAGCUGUGAUUUUGCAGGGAGGCAGGGGUGCUCAGACUCACUGGGCUCAGACAGGCCAUGUUCCCCUGGGGGGUGGGGGUGGGCUGAGGGCUUGGCCUUGGUGGUCCCAGACGAUGUGAAUUUUGAUAUUUGCCCGUGUGCGUGUGUCUCCUGGGUGUAGUGGGUGCCAGUCUUCUUGCUGUGACAAGUAACAAUCUUUUUUUUAUUCUGUUUUUUUAUACAAAAAUUCACAACAAUCUGACAUUCUGGUGCUAAGGGUUUCCUGGUGCCGACGGUGGAUCUAGGGGCUGGGCUGGGGUCCCUUCCCUGCUCAGGGAGGCAGUGCUUACUGGGCACCCCUCUGCCCCCCAGCUCCUGUCCUCAUGCAGUCCCUGGAGAGGAGGGCUCCAAGCUGGGCUCAGUUCUCCCCCACCUGCGGCAGGGAGACGGGUUCCAGGGGAACUUUGGGGCCAGUUCGCCACACUGCCUGUCUCUAGCUGCUUCUAUUGAGCAAAAGGCUCUGACCCGGGGCAGCCAAUGGCCUGAUGUCCUAGGGAGGGGCUGUGGAGAUAGGUGCUCCCCUCGCCUCACACCUUGAUCUGAUCGAAGGUGGAGGCGUGGGCAGUGGGUGUGAUCCAGUGUCAAAGGCCAAAGCGGGCAGCAUGGCAGGCCUUUGGGCAGGAGGGCUGUCUUUCCUGUGUUCCUGGGUGUCACUGUGGUGUACAGCUGAUGGAGGAAGGGGUAGGGCCAGGCAGCUGCUGCAGGGACGGCCUCAGGAGGUGGGGAGCAGGUGCUGGCAGGAGCCCCAGGUGCACUUUGUCCUUGUCACCAAUGGUUGGAGGAGGUUGGACCUCAACACCUCUGCUGGGGAUAGGCACCCACCCCAGCCUCUCAGGUACUUGGCCCUUGGGGAGUAGUGGGCUGGUUUUUGCUGUGGGGUGAGUUUCCAGGUCACCCCCAAAAGUCCAUAGAUGGUCCCUGGUGUGAGAACCCCGCCUAGAUCUGUAGGAAGAGAUGGGGUCCUGGGUAACUUGAUGUUUAGCACUUUAACCCCCUUCUGUAUCUUUAAAGUAGGCAUGGGGGCUGCUGCCAAAAGUGGCUAUUGGGUUGGACCCCCUCUCUCCCUUCUUCUCCCCCUGCUUCCUAUGCGUUGACUGGUGAGUAGUGAUGGCAAGCCGGGCUGCAGAGCUCCUCCGAAGCUAGCAGAGCCCUGGUUGGCUCAGUGGGAUCUGCCCACCCACUCUGGCAGGAAUGAAGCCCGGUAACCACCUGGCUUUGAUUGACACCUUCAGCAAGAGGGACCAAGUGGCAGCCCUCCUCCCCACCUUGUCGUGGGCAUGGACCCUGCCUGAGACCCAAGCCCAGGACACAAUUCUGGGUCCCUUUCUGAAGAUCUACCUCUGGCCCAGCCCACCUCCUUUGGCCUGAGAACAGGAAAGGGCCAACUCAAUGGGCUGACACUUCAUACAAAAAUAGGAUGCACUUUACUUGCAGAGGCAGAUGAGGGUGUGCCCUGGUGUGAUGGGUGUCCCGGCGGUAAUCCCCCUCCUAUCCCUCUAAAUCAGAAGGGAAAGAAUGGGUGUACUCUGGCCCGCAGCGGGGAGGGCUGUUCCCGUGUGUCCCCGCCCGGUGGGCCCAGGCGGCUUGCCCUGGAGGCGUGAGUUUCAGGGGGGCUGGCCAGCACCUCCAGCCUGGCAGCCACACGUCCCGUACUUUGGGUUUCAUGGUUUGGGUUUUUUAAUGCCAGUUCUCCGUACAUAAGUGCAUUUUGAAAGAGAGGUUCCAGCUAUCACUUGUAACCAUAUAUAUACAUAUAUAUUCUAUCUACAAAGUGUUUAUUUGCAAAAUGUUUUGAGGUGAGCUCGGGCCCUGCCCGCUUUGUGACCAUUUGUCCCCGGUCCUCGUUCUCGUCCCCUGGCCCUAGUGGCGCGGGGGCGGAUCUUCAACUGUAUGUAUUAAAAAUGACUGUAUCAAAUAAAUGUUUAUUGAUUUUUUUUCCA